AUGGCAAAUUUCUGGUGGGGACAAAGUGAGGGGCGAAAACGUACACAUUGGAAAAGUUGGGACUCAAUGUGUACCCUCAAAUGUCUGGGCGGCAUGGGAUUUCAAGAUCUAGAAGUCUUCAACGAGGCCCUUCUUGGUAGACAAGCGUGGAGGCUAACAACAUGCACAAACUCUCUCCUUAAUCCAGUGAUGAAGGCGAAGUACUAUAGAAAUUCGGACUUCCUUGGAGCUUACCUCGGCUAUGGGGGUAGUUUUUCUUGGAGAAGUAUAUGGGGUUCGAAAGCUUUAGUUAAAGAGGGAGUGUUGUGGAGAGUAGGAAAUGGGAGGAAUAUCAACAUUUGGACUGACCCUUGGAUAUGUGAUGACGAGGGCAGGUUUGCUACAAGUGUCCCCUCACUGGAGAUCACCAAGGUCAAUGAGCUCAUAAUCCCGGAAGACAUGUCGUGGGAUCACGAACUGAUUCAAACCCAUUUCAAUGAUAGAGACACCAGAGGCAUUCUCGCAAUUCCUUUGAGUUCAAGAGCACCACCUAACGAGCCAACGUGGGCAUUUGCAAAGAACGAUAUGUACAAUGUAAAAUCUGCCUAUAUGCUAGGAAAAGGACUUGGUGUUGUUGGAAGGGACAGUGCAGGGUCAGUUUUGUUUGCAGCUACAAAGAGAAUUAAAGCUUGGUGGGUGGUAGAAAUUGCUGAAGCAAAAGCCAUGGUAUGGGCCCUAAGCUUAGGUGCUCGUUUCGGGUACAAUAAGGCUAUCAUCGAGACAGAUUGCCAAACUAUUGUUUCAAGGCUUUCAACAGAGGCCUGCUACAGCACUGAUCUAGACUUGAUACUGGGCGAUGCCAUGGCCUUAUGUUCCUCCUAUGACAGCCUCCGUUGGAGUCAUGUAAAGCGAGAUGGAAACUCCGUAGCACACAACCUUGCGAAGCUUAUCCCCCCUAAUUCUGAGCAAAUAUGGGAAAAUUAUGUCCCUCCAAAUAUAGCCCCUUAUGUACUCAUGGACUAUUUGGUAUUUCCGGAGGUGUGGACUGCCUUGUUAGCCAAAAUCCAUAGUCCUGUGGAAGUUCUUCGAGGCCCUAACAGCCGUAUAUGGCAUGUGGAGUUAGUGAAGGUUGUUGAAGAUACCAGAAGCAAUAUGUGUUUUGAUAUUGGGUGGCAAAAUUUUGUUAAUGAAAAUCAUUUGGUUGAUGGUGAAUUAAUGAUUAUUUAUUAUGCUGGUAAUAUAACAUUUUAUGUCAGGGUGUUUUCUUCGACUAUGGUUGAAAGAUUUGAUACUAUUGAACCUUUUCCAAGAGAUGAGGAUAUAUAA